CCAGCGCCAGUACAGCCACCCCCACUCAAACCCCAGGCCCCCCUGGCUAUGAACCCUCCAACAAGACCUGGGACAGCAGCAUCCCAGAUGUCAAGAGAGAGCAGCCCACAGAGAAUCAAUGGCUCGACAAAGAAACUCUCGUGGACCUCGAUUGCGUCGAGCAGGAGACCAAUCAAGUACGGCCAGGGCAAGUAUCGGUCCAUCGAGUUGGUUCCGCAGCCGAGUGAUGAUCCUGAUGAUCCUCUGGUAAGCUGACUUCCCCUUUUUGAGCGGGGACGACGAAUCCAGUGCUGACCACCCUCCUUCCAGAACUGGCCGACUUGGAAAAAGGAGCUCAACUUCGGUUCGCUCCUGCUCAUGGUCGCCAUAACUGGGGUGCUGAAGACGAUAUUUUUGUCUGUAAAUGCCCAGCUCGCUGAGGCGUACGAGGUUUCGUACACCUCGGUGGCCGCCCUGACUGGGGUGCCAUUGAUCCUGUCUGCCGUGACCGCCUUUGCCAGCCUUGUGGCUUCCCGCGUGUGGGGCAAGAGGCCGUUGUACCUGGCCUCGCUGCUCUUGGUGUUCAUCGGAACCGUCUGGAAUACCAAUGUGGCGACCAGCUAUUCCCAGUGCAUGUCAGCCAGAAUCUUUCAGGGAUUUGGAUGGGGCGCCUUUGAUGCCCUUGUUCUCGGCUCGAUCCAGGAUACCUAUUUUGAACAUGAACGUGGUCUCCGCAUCGCCAUCUACUCCAUUGUCGCCGUGACCACCACCUGGGGCCCGCCUCUCAUUGGCGGUGUUGCCUCGCAGACCGGCUCUGGCUUCAGUCUGCAGUUCACCAUCCUCAGCUCCUUCUUCGUUGUUGCAGUGCCGGCCAUAACCCUCGGCGCGCCUGAGACGGUCUUUGACCGGGCAUACACAUUGGCCCAGACGCCCGCAACGGGUGCGAGCAAGUUCAAGGCGUCCCUACCCAUCGCUCCUCGCCGUUUAUUUUCCCUUGAGGCUUUCAAUAACUAUAUCGUGACCAUGAAGCCGUACUCGUAUAGUAGCGCCUCCGACACAACCACGCUCCUCCAGGCUCCGCGCGCCUUUAUUGCCCCCACUACCGUGCUCCUCUUGCUCGUCUCAUUGCUUCCGUAUUGCACCCUCUGGGGCCUCAGCUCCUCGCUUUCGCUUUUUUUCUUUCCCAUGCCCUUCGAAUCCUCCCCUGCCAACAUUGGUACCCUCAUGACGGGCCCCUGGCUUCUCAGCACUGGCGUAGUCGCGACGUUUGCCUUCUUCAGCUGGUGGCAUACGCACUUUACGCCCAAGCUGCACGUGGCUGCCGUGGCCGGCGGCUCUCUGCUCGCCUUCAUCGGCGUGCUGACCUUUGGGCUGCACAUCGACGCCAGCAUGACGCAGCCCGAGGACGAUAACACGUCGGUCUUUGCGCUUCGGUACCUCGGCGCCAAGGUCAACUUCCCCGCCAUGAGCUUUGUCCUGGGCCUGCUGGCCGCCGGCACCUACGUGCUGGAUGCCACGGUGCGUCCGCUCAUCCGCGCCAGCACAAACUUCACGAGUUCCAACAUGGGCAUCGCCCUCCGCAACACGGCCGACAUGAGCGCCGGCGUCAGCUGCUGGCGCGCCGUGUUUGCCGGCAUCCUCGUCAUUGCCACGCCCAACGACGUGUGGUCGUGGGACGGCCUGCGCUCCCUCUGCAUCGGCGUCGCCAUCGCCCAGAUGGUCAUCGCCGCGCUCGUCGCCAGCGUUUGGUGGCUAUGGGGCGAAGACAUUCGCCGCUGGGACGGGCGCAUCAUGCGUCUCGUCGAUCUCGAGAUGCUCAAGCGCACUGGCAGCUUCUUUGACACGGACUGAAAGGAGAAAACCCUAAAACGAAAGAAAUAUGAAAGAGGAAAGCAGCAAAACAAGUCUUGUUUUUCUUGCUUCCACCGUGCUGCAAAGCCACGUAAACGAAUUUUUUACAUUAGCCCCUC